AUGCACGGGGCAGCUGCUUGGGGCUUGGCAGUGCCACUCGUCUUCUUGGGUGCCGCCCUCAAUGUUGGUGCUGGUAUCGGUGGUGGUGCCACCUUUGUUGCCAUUUAUUUUUUGGUCCUCGGCGAGGAUGCACAUGGCGCUGUGCCGCUGUCCAAGGCCACCAUUUUUGGCCUCUCAUUGGCCGCGUUUGCCGUUAACAUCUGGAAACGCCAUCCCCAUGACCCCAAAAGACCCCUUAUUGACUAUGACACGGCCAUGAUGCUCGAGCCCAUGACCUUGCUGGGUGGCAUUCUGGGUGUCAUCCUGAACGUCAUCUUCCCAAAUUGGCUCGUGCUCUUGCCGCUCUGUCUUCUGCUGGGGUUUAUCUCCUACAAAACUCUGAAGAAGGCAUGGAACAUGCAUAAGAAGGAGCUGGCCGCUCGGAUCGGCGCUGACGCUAACAAGCCGGCCCUCGAAGACUCUGAUAAGGAGCAGCUCAUGCCUGCUGACGACGCUGAGGACGAUGAAGCUUCCACGGGCUUGGUGAUGGCGGAACAGCUGGAGAAAGAGGACCCCAGCCUUGAGCUGACCAUGCCCAGCGAUGCCCGACGAUCCAUUGCUGUCGCCAGUAAUGGCGACGAUGAUGCCAACCUCGGCUUGCAAGGAUCAUCUUCCACAGAUUUUGCCUCCCUGGGUGACGAGGGCUCGAUGCGGCAGGUCGCGGUUGAGGACGGCCCCGAUGCGAUGGCAGCUCUUCGCGCGGCGCUCGAGCGUGACGACCACCGACUGGCCAAGUGGGACCGCAUCCUGAUGCUGGGUGCUGUUUGGAUCGGCUACUUUGUAUUGACCUUUUUGCUCUAUCGUGCUGAGGAUGCGGUUCCUCGCUGCGAGGCGGGCUGGGUCGUGCUUCUGCUGUGUAGCAUCCCCUACGUGGUUGGUGUGACCUAUCUCUUUGCCCGGCGGCUCCAUCGCCAGACCAUUCAGAAGAAGGCGGUUGGCUACGUUUUCCACCCUGGUGACGUGAUGUGGGAGGGUCGCAACUUGUACUAUUAUCCCGAGAUGGCCUUUUUUGCUGGCCUGUGUGCUUCAAUGAUGGGUAUCGGCGGAGGCCUGAUCAAGUCUCCGUUGAUGCUGAGCAUGGGCUUGAAUCCCCAAACGACGACAACGACCUCGAGCUUUAUGAUCAUUUUCACCUCCAGCGCCAGCACCUUCCAGGUUUGGCUGCGCGCGCUCGUAUCCACCCCCAAGGCCCCGCAUUACUUGAUUCUUGGCAAGCUGCACGGUGCUGAAUUGGCCGCAGUCAUGGCGUCUGGGUUUGCCGGAGCUUUGAUGGGUCAGAAGGUUGUGAAUCAUCUGGUGCAAAAAUACCAAAAACAGUCGCUGCUCAUGUUCUUGCUGGGCGGGUUGACGGUCUUGUCUGUGGUGAUUCUGUUUUCCUUGGCCAUUGCCGACGGUAAAAUUGGCAAGGGUGGCUUUGCCGUGGACGAGUUUUGCCUGCGCGACACCAACAGCACCAACUAG